AGCAGUCUGGGCACCAGCAGUCUGGGCACCAGCAGUCUGGGCACCAGCAGUCUGGGCAUGGACCAUGGGGCGUGGCACCUGGGGCAGUGGGCCACAAACCCUACUGUCGGUCAUGGCCAAGCUUCGAGCAAGCUUUGGUCGACCUGGCUGGUGAUCACUGAUCACUGGUCACGCCGCAGAUCUCCCGGCUGGGAAUGUGUGGUCCUGUCAGCCUGUGUGUUCGUCACAUCUCGCCGGCUGCCGGCUCACUCGUCAACUCACCACUUGCCAGGGCAUCCUCGCAGCACAUCAGUGGUCGCAUCAUGUCUCGUCUCGUCCCAUCGUGUCUGCAUGUCCACAUGCCAGCCCAUCUGCCAGGCGGCCUGCCCGUCCGACCUACGGACGGCUCUGGCAUGGCAUGGCAUGGCACCCGCCUCAGGGGCGCCGUCUCACCGUCUCACCAUCCUUGCCAGCCAUCAAUGCCAUGGGCGAGUAUGAUCGGCAUUGAAGGGGAACAUGUCGCCUGGUGAUUCAAGUGCUCGCCCUACCAACCCUGGCCUCACAUCAUGUUUUGCACAUCACUCGCAUCGCUCUCCGUCAUCUUGGGUCGCCCUGCCCUCGCCCUGCCCUCGCCUGCCCGUCGUCUAUAAAGACCUCGCUACCGGCGCACAUGGCAUGGCCUUUUCCCUUCGCUCUCACCUCCAGCAUCGUCUUCAUCAGCUUCGUCUUCUUCGCCAUCUUCCAUUCUUUAACUGUUCUGUGAACAUUUGGUUCCCUACCACAUUCUUUGCCCACCACUACUAUUUUACAUUCACUCUUUUUCUAUACGCUCAAACUCCCUUGCUCGGCCAAGGAUUGAUUGCUCUCAUCGACAAGACAACAUUGAACCAUACCCCCCCUCCAAUAAUACCAACACCUCCACCAUGAUGUCCAAGUCUGUCAUCGUCGUCGCCGCCCUCGCGGCCUACGCCGAGGCUCGUUUCGGCCAGGAACAGGCUCCUGUCUCCGCCGUGUCGGCCCUCUCCAACUUUGGAAACCCAGGUGACGCGGGAACCCUUGCUGGUGGCAUUCCCGGCUCUCUUCUGGCGGCCGCGAACCCUUGUGACAAGCUCACCCUCGCCGACAAGAUUGUCACCCAGCUCGGCACUGACCCCUCCGUCAUCGACGCCGCCAAGGGACUUGUAGCUGCCGAGCAGAACUUCAACCCCUUCGUGGUCUCCAUCCCCAGUAUCUGCUCUGACCCCACCCUCCCUGCCACUGCCGAGCUGCGCGGUGUCGUGCCUCUGAUCGACCCGGCCGUCACUGGUUCCGAUACCGAGAACGCCAACUCCAAGACGUCCCUGACCACUCCUUUCGACGCCAACGGCCUGUCAGUGGCCGACAUCAUGGCCGCCCAGGGCUUCUCCAACCUGACUGCCGUCGCUGUUGAUGGCACCAAAGCUGCUGCAGGUGGUGGUGGUGGUGGUGCCGCCGGCGGUGCCGCAGCUGGCAAUGCUACUGCCGACGCUUCGAAUGGAAAUGCGAACGCUGGUAAUGGCGGCAAGAAGUCCUCCUGCAGCUCCAAGGGCAAAGGCAAAGGCAACCAGGGCUCCAACAACAAUGCCGGUGCUAACAACAACAACAACAACAACAACAACAACAACAACAACAACAACAAUGCUGGCAAUAACAACAACGCUGGCGCCGCCGCCAGCAACAACGGCACAGCUGCCGCUACCGGUGGGCAAACAUCGUUGGCUGGGGCCGAUUUCGGGAAAUGUACACCCACCAUGGAUUUCCAGUUUGGCCGGGCUGGACGUAAGGCAACCGAAGGCACCUUCUUGCCCAGCGAUCCUAUUGUCGCUCAGGGACAGCAGGACGCACUCAACCCUAAUAUCAUCACGAACCGCAUCUGCGACCAACUGACCAACGUCUGUGAGGCCAACCAGGCUGCUAAGGAUGCCUGCCAGAGUGCUAAGGCCCAGAUACAGAGUCUGGGAACCAAGGACCAAAGCACUGCUGAAGCGUUCAACCAGGCACUGGGCUUCUGAUUCUUCUUGUGGGGAGGCGAAACUGAGGUCCUUGGCUAUGAUAUGGAAGUCUUGGCACUGGUCUCCUGCCUGAUAGUGUGGUCGUGUCAGUCUGCAUCAAGACAUUCUAAUAAGACUUAGAUCUGAACACAUCUAAUGCUGCUAGCUACUUGAAGUCUGAU